UGUCAUUGUCCUGCCUUGAGGUGCAUCGCCUCACUACGCAAACCAGGACAGACACGGACACAGCAACCCAUCACAUCAACCGACGGACGAAACAAACGCAACAACACCCUCUCACUCACACUCACACUCACACGCAUCGCUCGUCUGGGCUGUACAGAGUAGAUAGAGAGUGCAAUGCAAUGCCGACCCCUCCAUGUAUGUGCGCACAAUGCACCCGGCACCCGGCACCCGCCGUAUGUCGGUCGACAAGAAAGUGGGACGAUCAUCAUGUGUGGCUAUCUAUCGUGUGGCACCGGUGCGUACGACACGCGCGACGAUGCCCUCUCCUCCUCGACGGGCGGCAGGCCCAGUUUGGGGGAUGCGGUGGGGGACAGGUGCUGCUGGUCCUCCUCGUACGCCUUCUGCACACACAUGGAUGGAUGGAUGGAUGGACUCAGCCAGUAAGAUCGAAGAGAUGAUGGUAGGGUGGGUACCUUGAGGAUGUUUAGCGAGUGUUUGUCAGACGCACGCCUCUGCCGGUGGCGCCUGCACACACACACACACACACACACACAGAGGGCCAAAGGUCCAAAUGGAUCAUCCCACCUUACUUACAACAAGCAGGCUGACCUGAGCAUAUCUUGGGCACUCGCAUAGUUGAACUGCUCCUCCUGGCUGAGCGACGCCUUGGACGACCGCCGCGACCACCGCCGCCCGUCGCCCGGCGACCGCGGCGACAUCUCGAUUGAGGCGCCAGAGCGCAUCCGCGCUGCCAGCCCCUGGAUGCGGGGGACCGCCUGCUGCGGCAUGUCUCGCGGGCUCCUGUCGGGCGACUGGAUGGAGACGGUCUCCUCGCCGAUGGACGAGAGGGGGCGGUGGACGACGGUGUCUGGCGGGGAGGGGGCGGUGGACCGCUGGUAUGCGAUGAGGAUGACGGUGGCGAUGACCGUGGUGAAGAGGACCGUCAGGAAGGCCACGAUGAGAAUCACCAGGGGGAACGGCAGGUUGCGCCAGAGACGCUGACCGACGGAUGGACGGAUGGACAAAUGGACAAAUGGACAGAUACAAUAUGGGGGAGGGAGGGAGGAAGGGAGGGUGGUGUGUGUGUGUGUGUGUGUACCCUGAAGAAAGUGGGUAUGGCUGCCUGUUUGGGCCGCCACCUCUCCGCGGGCACCGUCUCAGGGUCCUCGUAGAAGAUGAGCUCCGCCUUGUCAACCGCCCACAGAGGCGAUGACACAGACCCACCUGACGUGACGCCAACACAGGAGAAGAUGCGCAGCACUAAUCAAUCCGUCGCACAUAGCUUCACCAUACAUACCAUCGCUUUGUGCGGUCAGGUAUAUGUCCACGAAGCUCCUGUGUGCGGCGUGGUCGACCCAGGCGCCUGUGUGCACAAUAGCUCGCGAGUUGAGGUUGGUGAUGCCCGCGCGCAUGGUGUGGCCGAGGACCACAAGGCUGGGCGCGUCCAUGAGGAUGCCCUCGUCGUUCUCCCGCAUGGCGUCGAUCUCGUACUUGCGAACCAGCUCGUGAAGAUACCUGUUUGUUCGGUGGGGUGGGCAGGCAACGAUUCACACACUCCUCACUCAUUGAGUGUGGGUUGCAUGUCAUGUCAUGUCAUGUGUUGUGGUGUGUAUGUGGUGGGCAGGGCGGGGCGCACCAGUCGUAUUCGUUGAAUGCGGUUGCGUAGAGAGCGCCGCUGGCGAGUUUGCUGCCCUCUCUGCCCUCCCACUCGGCCGCCAGGUUGGCGUACUCGUCCAGCACCUCCUUGAUGGACACGUCACUGCGGGAGGGGAGCGGCCGCGGCUGCAUGAAAUCAAUCGACAGACAGGUGAGGGAAUGAAUGGGUAUGGUGUGGUGUCCGUCGUGUGGGCGUCGGGUGUGUUGGAAGUUGACUACAUUUCGUCCAUCGUCGGUGAAGAUGUAGUUCCAGUAUCCAUCCUUGACGACCGUCUCCUCCUCUACCCAAUCGCCGAAGUUGGCGAACCUACCGGUAACAACACCAACACGCACGCAGCGCAGACAGCCCAGCCCACAAGUGAUGUCAUGCAGUGCAUGCCUCAGUUUCCUCCUGCCUGCUUCUGUCUGUCUUUGCUGGCUCUAAAGGCUGCCUACCUACCUGAGGAGUUCCGUCAGCAGCUCCCUCAUGCGUGCCGGCUUUCGCAAAUCGCGGAAAGUCCAACUGACCGCCAAGCGGCGUCUGCACAAAGGGAGGGGCAUGCGCAUUCACACACAGCGUGGCGGGUGGAUGAGUGAGUGAGGGAGGGAGGGCGGUGGGCAGACAGACAGACAGAGUGUCGUUCGUUAGUUACUUCCUAAGGUAAUUGCCCACGACCUCGUGCGCUAUGUUCCACACAGACGCGGGCGUCUCGUGAGACGCUGAGACCCUGCCCACAAGCACCACACAUCCAGCCAUCAGUGCUCCGUGCCCCUCGGUCUGUCUCGCUGCGCUGCGCUGCGCUGGCUGACCUCUGCAGGUAUCUGCUGAAAGGGAUCCUAUCAAGCGGGUCGUAUGCGAAGAAGUCCAGCCUCUGGCCGUGCUCUAUCCACACCGGCCCCAGCUUCAGCGUCUCCAGCCCCACCACCACACGACCCUCCGUCCGCCCAUCCCCCGGCACCAGUGUGGGCGGGUUGCCCGACGCCUCCGGAAACAGACCCCUUAUGCCCUCGUCCGUGUCGCCCUUCAUGACGACAACCUGCGUGCCUCUGCUCCCUGUCAAGGAGCAGUUGGUGGGGCGGUCGUUGACGGCCUCCAGCAGCGAUGUGAGUCGUUGGAAGUCGAUGCCGCCGCCUUUGGUUCUGACUUUGCCGGAGAGGACGUCGAUGGGCUGUGGGGGUGUGGCUGCGAGGGGCACGAGCUGAAGGUCGGUGAGGUCGCCGUUGAUGACCAGGUGGGUGAAGUCCCUGUGGUCGGGGUGCGUGUUGUUCAACUGUAGGUCAUUUCACACAUACAGGGACGGGUGGCUGGGUGGGAUGGGAUGGGAUGGGUGCUCCGCAAAUCAUAUCGCCGGGUCGUGUCGUAUACAUGUGAUUGAGUGAUACAUACCAUGAGUUCGAGUAGCUCAAACAGCCGCUCAGCGUUGUCGUGCAACCAAGGCGAACCCGCGUGCAGAUCCCUGACAACACACACCACACCACACCACACCACACCAGCAUACCAUAUCGACCAUCGGCUGCAUGACAUGACAUGACAUGGCUGGGUUGCAUGAGGAGCUUUUCUCACCCGAUGAUUCGGAUCUUGGGCGCGCCGCUGCACUGUGAAGAUCUCUCCAAGGCACCGGCACCCGCUGCACCGACACCCUCACUCACAGCCGCCUGAGAGAGAGAAGCCAAUUGAUCCGCGUGGCCAAAUGGAACGCAUGGAUGAUCCAUCUGAUUCAUCGCCCACCUCCUGGAUAAGCCGGCCGUGCUGCCGCAGCCAUGGACGGCCACCCAAUGUGUACAGGGCCACCAGGGCGAGUGCGGGAGGAACGCACCACAGCAGCCAAGACACCAUUCGUGCCAAGGACUGAUCAGUCAACCACACUUCAUCAGCAUCUCUCUCCAGGACUCCUCAGCCACCAGAAGGCCCCCUUUCCCUUUUCG